AUGCCUGACUUACAUCAAAGUUCUGCAUCAUCUCCUCCCGGUGACCUUCAACAUGUUGAAUAUCAUCCGAUCAGUCUCAGCACGGCAGAUAUUGCAGCGACAUUGUUGAUGGCUGCAUCCCGCAUCCGAGCAUGCAUAGCUCAAUGUCAGAGGGAGGCAGCUGACAUGGACUUGUCUUCCUCUCAAAUCACUCAUUUCAAAACCAGGCUUCAGUGGGAAAUCUCGCAAUCCUGGACCGAGGUUCCGGACCACAUUUUUGUAGACCACCUUGCUCGGCUCCAUGAUCGCGUAGAUCCUGGAGAUCCCUCGCACAUCCGUGGUAGAUGCAGCAAACCAAAAUUCCGACCGAACCCUGGCGAUGAAAUAGGACAGUUGAUGACUGAAGACAUCCAGGGUGGUGUUGAGGAUGAUGGUCUGAUUCUUCCCAAAAGGAUGGAUCAAACCUCGAUCCCAUCAGUGAUGGGACUUUGGUGGAUUCAGGAACACUUGCUGACAUUGAUUGAGGAGCAGCGGGAUGGCAUCCAAGAUAAGAUGGGCGAGAUCGAAAUCUACACUGGUAUCCUUACCCGAUUGCAGAGAUCCAGGGAGGUUUGA